CCGGGGAGAUAAUCUGUGCCUGAGCCCACACCUCCCUCACCCGCAGCCAUGGACGCCACUCUGCUCCUGAAUGUGGAAGGGGUCAGGAAAACCAUCCUGCACGGAGGCACAGGGGAUCUCCCCAACUUCAUCACCGGGUCCCGGGUGAUCUUCCACUUCCGCACCACGAAAUGUGACGACGAGCGGACGGUGAUAGACGACAGCAAGCGCGUGGGCCACCCCAUGCACAUUAUCAUCGGGAACAUGUUCAAGCUGGAGGUCUGGGAGGUGCUCCUGACGUCCAUGCGCAUCGGCGAGGUGGCCGAGUUCUGGUGCGACUCCAUCCACACAGGGGUCUACCCCAUCCUGUCCCGGAGCCUGCGGCAGGUGGCGGAGGGCAAGGACCCCACAGAGUGGCACGUGCACACGUGCGGGCUGGCCAACAUGUUUGCCUACCACACGCUGGGCUACGAGGACCUGGACGAGCUGCAGAAAGAGCCACAGCCUUUGAUCUUUGUGAUAGAGCUGCUGCAGGUCGAGGCCCCGAGCGAGUACCGGCGGGAGACGUGGAGCCUGAGUAACGAGGAGAAGCUGCAGGCGGUGCCCGUCCUCCACGGGGAAGGGAACCGGCUCUUCAAGCUGGGCCGAUACGAGGAGGCCUCCACCAAGUACCAGGAGGCCAUCGUGUGCCUGCGGAACCUGCAGACCAAGGAGAAGCCCUGGGAGGUGCAGUGGCUGAAGCUGGAGAAGCUGAUCAACACCCUGAUCCUCAACUACUGCCAGUGUCUGCUGAAGAAGGAGGAGUACUACGAGGUGCUGGAGCACACCAGCGACAUCCUGCGCCACCACCCAGGCAUCGUGAAGGCCUACUACGUGCGGGCCCGGGCCCACGCGGAGGUGUGGAACGAGGCGGAGGCCAGGGCGGACCUUCAGAAGGUGCUGGAGCUGGAGCCGUCCAUGCAGAAGGCGGUGCGCAGGGAGCUGAGGCUCUUGGAGAGCCGCCUGGAGGAGAAGAGGGAGGAGGAACGGCUGCGCUGCCGAAACAUGUUGGGCUAGGGCAGGGAGCGGGCCUCCGGGCCUCCCCGGCCUCCUCCGGCCUCCCCCGGCCGGCCCCGGCCGCGUCCUCCCCUGACUCUUCAGACUCCUCUGGCCUCCCUUGGCCUCCUCCUGCCCCCCUCCUCCACUGACGUCUGGCCUCCCUCAGCCUCCUCCGGCCUCCCCCAGCCUCCCGGGCCUCCCCGGCCUCCCCGACCCCCUCCUCCACUGACUCUCCGGCCUCCCCCAGCCUCCUCCUGCCCCCCUCCUCCCCCCCUCCUCCACUGACUCCCCAGCCUCCCCCACUUCCCUGGCCUCCCCUGUCUCCCACAGCCUUCAAUGCCACCCGACCUCCCCUGGUUAUUUUUGUUGCUUCCUCUAGAAUUCUCUCUGGAGUCCCCACCACUCCCUUCUGUGCGGGGUGACCACUGGACCUUUGCUUCUGCUCUGUCCCCACUGUUAACACCUGUGCUCCUUCUGUAGCCAAAACCAAGUUUCUGUGCUUUGUCCACAGGCUGACUUUAAAAUGAGAAAACCAAUAAACGGUGUAAGUUUCCCCAAAGGCC